AUGGGAUCCCUUCCUUCACCACCACCAUCACCUUCUCCUGAAAAUCAUCUUUCAAAUUAUGUUAUGGCAACAAUUUUUUGUCCUAGAGAACCAACCCCAAAUGUUAUUACUCUCCCUAAUUCAAUUUACCUUUAUUAUCCAUCCAAUAACACAUGGACUUAUGUUGGAAUAAUUCCUGGCCUAAUUGAUGACCAAGUAUUAAAAGGGUUUUCAAUGGUUUCAUUAGGAGAUUUUAUUUACAUAAUUGGUGGCCAAGUUUGUUACAAAGAAAAAGUUCAUGUUAAUGAUGACUCAGCUGAAUUUCUUGAUGAGGGUAUUAAGGUUGUACCAAAUGUACUUCGUUACAAUAUAAGAACCAAUCAAUGGUUCAAUUGUGCACCACUAGGUGUAGCAAGGUAUGAUUUUGCUUGUACUGUUUGUGACAACAAAAUCUAUGUUGCUUGUGGAAAGUCCAAGGUGGCAAGUGCUAGAGGGAUCUCAUCAGCUGAGUUGUAUGAUCCUGAUCUUGACACGUGGACAACUUUGCCAAAUUUGCAUAUUUUAAGGUAUAAAUGCAUAGGUGUGACGUGGAAAGGUAAAGUUUAUAUUGUAGGAGGCUUUGCUGAAAGAGAAAACUCUGAUAUGACAAUGCCUAGCAUCGUUGAACGGAGCUCAGCUGAAGUUCUUGACACACAAGCAAGAAAAUGGGAACUUAUUACAGGUAUGUGGCAGCUCGAUGUGCCACCUAAUCAAAUUGUGGCGGUGAAUGACACUCUUUUUAGCUCUGGGGAUUGUUUGAAUGCUUGGAAAGGACAUGUUGAAGCUUAUGAUGGACAAUUUUGGAAUGAAGUUGAUGGAUCGCGCAAGAGAAGUCUUUCUACAUUAGAGUAUAACUACGAGAAUUGGCCUCUUAAUCAAAGACUCUACUUGACUAUGGCGCCGAUUGGAAAUAAAUUGUUUUUCUUAGCAGGUUAUAGGGUAGGUGAUGGGGAACCGGCAAGAACAACGUCUGUUGUUCAUGUAUUUGAUACAUCGGCUACCGUAGAUGCUUGGAAGAGUUUUGAACCAAUGGAAUUGGAGGGUGAGAGAGAGCUUUGUAGUCAUUGUUGUGUUGUGCAACUCUCAUCACCUUAG